AUGCACAAGCGUCGAUCUCUCGUGAAGCCGAUGUUAAUUACUACUACCACAGGUUAUAUCUUAGCAGCUUAUGGUCCUUACUUAUCUGAUUCGUCAAAUAAUGAUGCAUCUAUCCAGAAAGAUAUAUUGGUUAACAAUAAAGAUGGUAUUUUAAAUUGGAUUGAUGAACAUGACAUUGUCGUCGUCGAUCGCGGUUUCCGGGAUAGUACAGGGAUGAUGCGAGCCUUAGGGCUUGAUGUAUGCAUGCCAGACUUUCUAAAUGGUCGCCGUCGAUUUGAUGCACUUGAAGCAAAUCGAUCACGCUUUAUCAGCAAGAUUCGUUGGGUUGUCGAAUCGGCUAAUGGUCGGGUGAAACAUUUUAGAUGGUUCAGCCAGACAAUUCAAAACUCAACAAUUCCGCAAGUACGUGAUUAUUUACAGAUUGCUUGUGCUCUUAUUAAUGCUUAUCGUGCUGCUGCUAUAUCUUCAUUUUCAAAUGAUGAUCAAAUUGCUGCUGAGAUGUUAGCGUGUCUUCAUGAACCAAAUUUACUUCGUACACGCCUUAACAAUGAAAUUCUACAUUGGACAACCAAUGAUGCCUCAAACAUUAUCAAUUUUCCUAUACUUACAAUUGAUCAAAUUCGAGUAAUCACCGUCGGUAUGUAA